AUGACAGAAGUCGUGGAGGACGACUCCGAAGACCCCGCCAGAGCGACCCCUGACCCCCCCGAGGGGAGUAGCCCGCGAGAGCGCCCCCGACGGGAGCGCCGACCCCCGGCCCACCUGGCCGAGUAUGUCCUGGGCAGUCUCAUCACACCGCCCCACACAUCACCUGCCCGCGCAGCGACCGAGGUGGCGUCCGCCUGCGCCAUCACCUCAUGCGCCGCCGUGCCACCUCCCGGCCCAGCUGCCCACGCAGCGACCGAGGCGGUGUCCGCCUGCGCGAGCACCUCUUGCUCUGCCGGCGCUAAGGCGCCACGUGCCAUGGGAUCGUGUGUCGAAGGGUGCCGGCUGAGCUAG